AUGUCUCUAGCAGCUCAGGGAAAGCAGUUUCAGGAAAUGAGCCGACCACAACUUCAUUUACCAGAACCACUCACGCCGCCGCUCAAAUACAACGCCGUUCAGCCCGGACUGUUCAGAGGGGCAUAUCCUCGUCCAAUCAACUAUCGCUUUCUGGCCAGUCUGGGACUGCGAACGAUCGUGUCUCUAACCCCGGAGCCUAUUUCUGAGACAACUGAUGCUAAGCUAUUUGCAUUUUGCGAGGAACACGGAGUGCAGCGAAUCCAUAUCGAAUGUUCCUCGGGUGGAUCCAAGAAGGGCAAGAAGAGAGCAAUAGCUAUCGACUAUGCUGCAAUCUGCAAGGCAAUUGAGAUUGUCAUAGAUCGCGAUAACGAGCCAGUAUAUGUGCACUGUAUAAAUGGUGGGCAGAUCACAUCUCUGUUCGUGGCGUGCCUUCGAAAGCUAUCGUUCUGGUCCUCGAUAGCUAUCUUCAACGAGUUCAUCAACUACUCGGUCACCAUUAACCACAACGAUAGAGUUUUCAUUGAGAAUUUUGAGGCUUCUAUUAGGUUACCGAAGAAUCGGGUUGAUUGGGUUUGGAAUGGAUUGAGCCAGGGUGUGAUAGACAACCACCCGACGUUGAAGUUCUACGACUACGAUGAGUGA